UUUAAGGAAGACCAUGUCUCACAUAAAGAGGUUGGAGAUUCGGGGUAUACGGAGUUACAGUCCUAACAGAGCCGUGUGUAUGGAGUUUGCCAGACCUGUCACACUUAUAGUUGGUCACAACGGUAGUGGAAAAACAUCAGUUAUAGAGUGUCUAAAGUUUGCUUGCACCGGUGAUACGCCCCCAGGAAACAAGGGUAACUUUGUGCACAGCCCUAAAAUAGCUGAGGAAUACGAAGUCAGAGGUCAAGUGAAGUUAGAGUUCAAAGAUUUGCUAGAUAAAUCAACGUUGGUCUCCAGAACUCUUCUUACUCAACAGAAACAAGUCAAUCAAACAACUAAAACUCUGGACGGCACCAUUAAACGAGCCGGCACCAAAAAUGAACACGGCAUAACGCCAACUGAAAGUAUCAGUAUGAGAUGCGCUGACUUAGAUAAGGAGAUGAUUAGGUGUCUGGGAGUCAGUCGGAGUGUACUAAACAACGUUAUAUUCUGUCACCAAGAGGAAAGUAUGUGGCCACUUUCAGAGGGUAGCACUGUCAAGAAAAAGUUCGACGAGAUUUUUGGGCAGAAACGUCAAGUAAAGUGUGUUGAAGAACUAAGGAAGAAGUUUAAAGACCUGAAGCAACAGAAUGCCCUAAACCUAAAAGAUCUUGACCACCUCCAGAACAACCAAGCUAAAGCUGGAGAACUGAAGUUCGAGCUGGGCGAGGUUCAGAAACACAUGAAUCUUGGCAAGCAGGAGGUUGAGACUAUCAACAAACAGAUACAAGAGUUGCGAGAAAAUUUGGACGGUUCACACAAGAAAGUAGAAGAAGUGAGGAAGUUGGAGAGGAAGAGAGACGAGUUUGUGACGAGACUAGACACCGUGGAGCGCACCAAGAACCAGUUGGAGAAGGGUCUCCAGGUCAAUUACCCUCAUCCUACAGAGAAAUUACUUCAGAUGUUAUCCUCGUUCGAAAGAGAUUUCCAGGACAAGAGACAUAAAGAGCACGAAUUCACAAUGAGACUCUCCGACGUAGUAGAAUCGCAUGACAAAGCCGAGAAGAACAUGCAGGUUUACAGCGAGGAUUUGGGUAGAUUGAGGGAGGCUCAGAAAGCUUACAAUCGACUUCAGGAGGAAAAUGAGAAGUCUCUGGCAAGUUUAGCUGAGAAGUUCAGCGGGGACUCUUCCCUUUUGCUUGGUAGCAGGACUAAGGUACCAGAUGAUGCGAAUGUGAUACACUGGAUAGAAGGAAAGUUAGAUGAAAGCAGGGUCAGUGAAGAGAAGAGAGAAAGAGAGAGUAGAACUCAGCAAGAUAAGAUGAACAAACAAUCUGACGAGCUUAAGAAAACUCUCAACCAGGCUCAGGAAAAGCUGAAAAUGAAGCGGGAGAGUAAGAGGAAGUUAAAGGAGGAGAUGGAUAAGUUGUUGGUUGAGAUACGGGAGAUUAAAACAAGUGCCUCGACAUUGUCAAGACUAGAGCAAGACAAGAAAUCAGCAGAAGAGGAAUUAAAACAGUUCCAAGAGACAUCCCGCCUUGAUGAGAUCGGAACAAAGAUAGAAGCUAAAAGUAAAGAAAUGAGGAAUAUAGCAGAGAAACAAAGCCAACUCUCCAGUGAGCUGGAGGUGCUUCAUCUGGAGGCUGAAGCUAGACAGGAUCGGGAGAGAGCUGAAAAUGAGCUGUCGUCCAAGGAGAUUGAAAUGAAGAAGUUGAUAUCUUCUCACGAAGAAAAAAUAAAGAAACAUCUUGGAGAGAUGCCAGCUCCAGGAGGAAAUUCUCGGGCUUUGUCAAAAUAUUUGUCUACCCAAAGCAGUGAAGCUAAAAGUCAAGGAGAUAAAUUGAAUGAAAAGCAGCGCAGUGUAGCUAAGGGAGAAAUGGAGCUGAAGAUGGCUAAGCAACAGCUGAAAGAACAUGAGAUGAAAGCUAGAAAAAUUCGGGACAAAAUUGUUGAAGUGUGUGCCAAUCCAGCGAUAUAUGAAUCCGAAGUGGAGCGGGCAGAAGCGGAAUAUAGCAGAGCAAAGAAGCAAAAUACAUCUAUUGUUGGGUUCACGCACAUUUACUCAAAGUUUGAGGAAAAGGUUUCAUCAUCACACUCCUGUCCAAUUUGUUCAACAAGCUUGGGAGAAGCUCAAGCUCAGAGAGUGUCCCAAUCUUUACAGAGAAAAAUCGAACGUGCUCCGGAACAAAAGGAGAAAGCGAAGCAAGAUGAAACGGUAGCAGAGAGGAAGUUCUUCGCACUCAAAGCAGCCGCUAAUCUGUACACUGAAUUGAACGAGCUCGAAAGAGAGAAGAUUCCAGAACUUUCAGAGCGAGUGACGUCACUGGAGAAGACGAUAGAAGAGGAGAGGGAACUGGCAGAAGAUAUGGAGGACGCUGUCCAGCUGAUAGCUGUUAACGAAUUUGAAGUACGUCAGAUGGAGAAAGAUUUAGAUUAUGUUGAUAGACUACACAGGGAGUGCUUAGCACUGAAAGAUAAGAUAUCUAGUCUCAGCUCACGGCUUGUUAGCUCCUACUCAAAGACUCUCAAGGAAGCAAUAGAAGAACAGUCACGAUACCAAGAAGAGUACAGUGCUCUGCAACACGAACACUCCCGACUCAUGGACAGCAAGACCCGUGGUGAGACAAAGUGCAAUGCCCUCCGCCAGCGCUUCUACUCUCUUCAAGACGAGUAUGUUGCUCUCAGCACCAAGAUGCAGGGUCUGAAAAGCAUGGAAGAACGGAGAAAAGAAAAAGCACUGGAGAUCCAAGAACUCUCCCAAGGAGAAAGAAAGGUCGAAGAAACGAUUAAGCCGAACGAGGAACAGCUAGAUGUGUUAGAAAGACGACUAGCUAAAGACACAGAAGAGGAUUUGUCUACACAGAGACAAAUUAGAGACUCUCUUAACCGACUCUCUAACGCUGUUGAGAACUCUAGAAAGCUUGAACAGCAGUUGGUGAGCAGCAGUGGUUCUAGCAGUGGUAACUUGUCCAGUCUCAGCGGGAGAUUGGAGCAGUGUAAGGACGAGUAUGAGAACCUGAAGACGCAGAAAAAGAAACUAGAGGGACAACUACAACAACUGAAACGAGAUUUGGACAGUAGCCAAGUUCAAAAGAGGGAUCUGGAGGGUUGUUUACAAAUACGAGAAUUCGAACAAGAGAUGCAAAGUAUUAAAGAUGAGAUCACGGCAACAGAAAGACAGCUAGCUGAUAAGGAACUAUCAAAAGCCCGUUCCACGGCCAGUAAAGUUCAGAAAGACAUCGAGGAGAAGAGCACAACUAAAGCUGGACUAGAGGGGAGACAUAGGGGGUUCUCAGAACAAAUUAAACGGUUACAGAAGGAGCUGAACAGUAGCAUGUUCAAAGAUGCUGAGACAACAUACCAUCACCAGAAUAUAAAGUGCCACGUCGGACAGCAAACUACUAAGGAUAUUGAGAUGUUCAUCAUUGCGUACGAGAGAGCCAUUAUGCGUUUUCAUAAGGACAAAAUGGAAGAGAUCAACAGAACGCUUAGGGAACUAUGGGUGGAGAUAUACAGAGGUGGGGAUAUCGACUACAUUGAGAUAAGAACAGAUGAUGACGAAGUUGAGUCUGUCAGUAAAAGGAAGACUUGUAACUAUCGUGUUUCUAUGAACAAGGGUGGGGUAAGUAUAGACAUGAGACAGCACAGCAGUGCAGGGCAGAGGGUGCUAGCAGCACUGCUCAUCCGACUAGCCCUUGCAGAGACCUUCUGUAACAACUGCGGGGUCAUCACUCUGGACGAACCUACCACCAAUUUGGAUCGUGACAAUAUCGAGAGUCUCGCUCAUGCGCUGGGCAAAUUCAUCAAGAGUCGCCAGAGUACGGGACAUUUCCAGCUGAUAAUAAUAACUCACGAUGAAGACUUUGUGGAACUGCUGGGCCGUAGUGCUGCCAUUGAUCAUUAUUACAAGGUGUCUAAAGGCACUGAUUACUGCAGCAUGAUCACUAAGAAACUUAUGGUUGAUUAAUCGAAACAGUUUCAACACAUUCCUUGUGUCGAGUAACGAAAUUAUUGUGAAACGAUGAGCACUUUAUUUUUAAUAGUUUUAGCUCUUGGAG